AUGACCGAGGCAUCUGAGAAUGUUUGUGUGGUGCGUGUUCGUGCGCAAGUAAUGUGUCGCGACGAGGGCACUGGCGGAUGGGUGGCGCUCAGUGGCGGCGGCCUCGCCGAUGUCAUGGUGGGCCGCCGCUCGGGACACUUCGUUACUGGCAUACCCGAUGCGGCCUGCGAGAGCAGCAGCGACGCACCGACGCCAAUGUUGCCCUACGAGUAUUACAUUCACGGGAAACGAAUCAGCGACAAUACGGUGGUCCUCGAAUGCACGAUACAGAAAGACUUCCAGUACCACAAAGUGAUGCCAACAUUCCACCACUGGCUCACUGAGGAGAAACGUUUCGGCCUCACCUUUCAAACGGCGGCCGAUGCGAGGGCCUUCGACAAAGGCGUACGAACCGCACUAGAAGAAUUGUUAGACGGUCUGGGCGGCUCGUGGCCAUCACACUAUUCUUACAAACCACGAAAUCUAGAACGAAAAGAUGAUGACGAAGAAAAUAAUAUAUUUGAGUGUCUGAAUCUUCCAACGGACUCGCGUUCCAGCUCUGAAAACUCUACAGCCAGUCGUGUUCGACGAAAUGACGAUCUACAAACGCCUAUUCUAUCAGCUAUUACUCUUCCAAGACACCCUUUAUCAGAAUCUCUGAAACAAUACGAGUCUCAAUUCGCUGACAAAGUCGUUGAUGACGACUCGGAGAGAUGCCCCUACGUACAACUUUCUGCCGUUCACGAGUAUAUGUAUCCGCAAGUGGGAUCUGGUGGUAUUAUUAGUUCAGAGAAGUCUUCGCCUAACACCAAGCCGGUAUUGAUGAAGAGAGAUUCUGGAUCUAUAAAGAAAUGCUCUUACAGCGGACCUCCACCUUUGCCUGAUAAGAAACCUGCCGAGACGUUUCAAGCUAGACUUAAGUGCAGACACUGUCACGAGUGGUAUCUUGAGAGCGCGAAUAGAAACGGAGCGUGUGAAUACGCCCCCGAUUGCUUCAAAACUUGCGUCGAUCGCGUCAGCUGCAUACAAUGUGCUCAGUGCAUGCUGUACCACUGUAUGUCGGAUUCAGAAGGUGACUUCGCGAUGCAUCCCUGCGCCUGCACUGGACCAGACGAAAACUGCGCUAAGAGAUGGAUCGGAAUUACUCUUCUAAGCCUUGUGGUACCUUGUCUAUGGUGUUAUUUGCCGCUGCGUUGCGUACACAAAGCGGCCAGGUCUGCACGAAUAGCUGGAGGGGCCCAUGCCCCAAUGAGGAAAUAG